CAAAUCAACAAUUAUGAAGUGAUAGAAAAUUAAAGUAGUCAUAAUGGAGCAGACUACUGAACAUCCUCCCAUUCCCAUCCCUUUAAAUGCUCGCUAUGGCGGCCACCACCACCAUGACCCCUCUGCCACCUGCAACCACAUCAUUGCCGCCGCAUCUGCGGUCAAUGGCGGCAAUCCACUCCCACCCUUCCACAUGGAAAUAGAUCUCCACCGUAAUAACAACAACAACAGCAACAAUAACAAGAAGCAUGUCAAAUACAAAGAGUGCCUCAAAAACCAUGCUGCCUCCAUGGGAGGAAAUGCCACGGAUGGCUGCGGCGAGUUCAUGCCUAGUGGAGAAGAAGGCUCUAUUGAAGCACUCACAUGCUCCGCGUGCAACUGCCAUAGAAACUUCCAUCGAAAAGAGAUCGACCACCCCCUCCUCGGCCGCAAGCUUCUCGUUGGGGGUAAGAACAUGAUCGCCAUGCCUGAGACCACCACGUUCGCCUACCCAACUGCGGCGGGGGCGGCAUUCCUAUCAUCCAGAGCAAUGACAGCACAACCCCACCACAUGAUAAUGCCGUACAACAUGCUUGGCGGGGGCGGUGAGGAGCAGGAGGAGGCAGCAGGGGUGAGGGCGUACUCGGGGCAAAUGACGAACAAGAAGCGAUUCCGAACGAAGUUCACGGGGGAGCAGAAGGAGAGGAUGCUGAGGUUUGCAGAGAAAAUUGGAUGGAAGAUUCAGAAGGAAGAGGAGAGUGUGGCGCAACAAUUGUGUGAAGAGAUUGGAGUGAAGAGGAGAGUUCUUAAGGUUUGGAUGCAUAACAACAAGCACAAUCUUGGCACCAAGGAAACUACUUCCCCUUCCUCUUCCCAUUCUCCCACUCCCUUGGAUUAAUUCAAUUUCUUCAUUUCUUUUUCUUUUUCUUUUAACUCAGAUUCAAUCAUAUAAUUAUUACUAUU